CACAUCUAAGGCUUCAUCAGCAAAGAAAGGGUACCCUUCCGCCCCUCCUACCAAACCCCACCAAGGAAAACCCCACUAACAACACACCUCACCUAAAAGAAUUUAAAAUAUGAGUGAAGCCCCCGAAUCGAUCUUAAAGCACGUUCAAUCCUAAAACUCAAGCACUCUUAAGAGCAUCAGCAAACACCGAGAGAAUCUGCCAGAUCAAACGACGAUACCAUGUCUACCGAACAAACACUUCAUUGCCAUCAGCCAGAUGGUGUCCAACGUGGACUCGUUGGCCCAAUCAUCAGCCGAUUGAGGCUCGUGGGUAGGUUGCCAUGUUGCAAAGAAUAUUUGAGCUUUGUUGACAUUGAGAAUAGUUACAAGCUUGCUGCCAUCAAGCUCACCACCCCAGGAAAGGACCACCUCGAGCAGCACUACGCUGAUCUCUCCGACAAGCCAUUCUUCGCUGGUCUCGUCAACUACAUGAACUCUGGCCCAAUUUGCGCCAUGGUCUGGGAAGGACGUGAUGCCGUCAAGACCGGCCGUACCCUCCUCGGUGCCACCAACCCAUUGGCAUCUGCCCCAGGUACCAUCCGUGGUGACUACGCCAUCGAUGUCGGACGCAACGUCUGCCACGGUUCCGACUCCGUCGAGAACGCCAAGAAGGAGAUUGCUCUCUGGUUCAAGGAGGGUGAGGUUCUCUCAUGGAAAUCCGCUCAACACGACUGGGUCUACGAGAAGUAGAUUAGAUGUAAUGUUCUGUCAUUUACUUCAACAACAAACAAUUAGCUCCAAAUAUCAUAUCUGAAGAUUGUUUCUGAUGAUGGUGGGUAGACACAUACAUGAAUAAAAAGUCAAUCAACCUCAAGCUAUGUAUAUUUACAUUGAAGAUUGGGUUUCGUGAAU